CCUUAGUCGCGCAAUACCACGGGGAUUCCCCAUCUUGUCACGCCGCUUUUAAAAGCUUGCAGGCUUAUAACAGUUGUGUUGGGGCCGUGGGAAGGAUAACAAAGAUCGGCACAUCUCAGGGAGACAGAAAAAUAUAUAAUUGGAGACUAACUGGAUCAAUAAAGAGUGAUAAAAAUGGCGUCCCUGGAACUACAGAGGCACAACCAGACAGUACUUGACAACUUGGAACCUGGUGAUAGGUUGCAGUUUAAGCGAGGAGUGUACGAUCACUGGGCUGUGUACGUCGGUAACAAGGAAGUCGUGCACUUGUCUGGAGUCGAUGGUCCAAUGGGAAGUAACCUGAAUCACUCAUGCACAAUAAGUGGAGUAGAGUUUGAUAAAGGAAUUAUUCGCAAAGAUGCGUUUUGGGACGUUGUUGGAGACAGCAAAGUGUACAAAAACAACUCAAAGGACAAGAAAUUAAAACACUUGGCACCAUCUAAGAUAGUACAAAGAGCAUUAUCCAAACUUGGAGAAGUUGGAUAUAACCUGCUCUUCGAAGAACUGUGAACACUUUGCUUCAUGGUGCCGGUAUGAUAAAGAAGAAAGUGAUCAGGCUGAUGGUCUGUUCACUGCACUAGCGGUUGGUGGGGCCGCUGCGGUGGUGGGAUUGGCUGUCUGGCUUGGAAGUGAUGGAAAGAAAGAAAGAGAAAAGAAGUCAGAAUAUUGAUGUCAUCAAUUUCCACCAUAACACAGUUGCGAGUGAAACAGAAUACAUCGAUCAUGGAUUGAUCAGACGAAUGCACCAUAUCUGACAACAGAGAGGUUUGCUGCAUUCCACAACAUUCCUCACCAAUUCGUACCAUUCCGUGACAAGCCUAAUAUUCAUGCCUGAGUCAUGCUCCUGUUCAUUCAGCCUUUCGAAGGAUUCCAUAUCAGCAAUUCCGUGACUACUGUCAUCACCAUGUUCAAAACAAGUAAUUUCUGGCUUCAUCAGUUGAGGGCGCAAUAUUUGCUUUAUAUAUAUAUAUAUAUAUAUAUAUAUAUAUAUAUAUAUAUAUGUAUCAUUUAUGUACCUGGGAAAAUGUGCUAUUGAUCAUUCAGACACAGAUCAUAAUGCUGUUGAAACAAUUUUACUUAGAUGUAAAAGUUCAGUUUGAUGUUAAAGGAUUAAUACAAGGAUACUCUUAUUUUGUUAUUUCAUUUGUCACUGUUCGUUUGUUGUUUAACGCUGCACUCCGGAUGUGAUGUGGACACAUGCCAUCGUAUCCCAAUUGCGUAGACUGAUGCUCAUGAUGUUGAUCACUGGAUUAUCUGGUAUCUGUCACUACCAGAACAACUCGUGAAGAUCAAGAAUUGGUAUUCAGAAAACAAAGUUUGUCAUAAGAGGCGACAAACAUCAUCGAUUGCUUAUGCUAUAUGUCUUUAUUUAUACUGUAUUUCAUUUGCACAGAUCAAUUCUCAUGAUAUCGGUCACUGGAUUGUCUGAUCCAGACUCAAUUUUUUGACAGACCGAUUGAAUCGAGCUGUUUAUAUUAAUCAGUGUUAAACAGCAAAGAAACAGACAACAAAUAAAAAUCACUAUAUAUACAAA